AUGAUGGACCAACAAAGAGCAUGGAUUAAAAAAAAUCAAGAGCAUGGAUUACUAUUUCCCUCUUUUUUAUUUAGGUUUGUCAUUAUAUUCUUUGUAGUCCUUUGUAAUUAAGGAUAAAAUGAUGAGCAGGAUGGACCCAAUUUAUUUUAUUUUUUAUUUUAGUUAAAUGAUUUAUUAUUUCUAGCAUUAAGAUGAGGAUUUCUCUGUGUGAAAUCUAUAGAGUUUAUAUGUUUAGAUUAUUAUUUAGUUUUAUGCUGAGAACCAUAAACCUAUAGAGUUGCUAUGUUUAGAUUAUUAUUUCUAGCAUUAUUUAGUUCUUAUCUACAUUAUCUACAUUUAAGUUGUAUGCUGAGAACCAUAAAUCAAAGAUUGUCUGUAUUUUAGAACCUAGAAUUAGUGGGGUGGAUGUCAUCUCUGACUCUAUGUCAUUAAGCAAAUGGAGUUUGAUACCUGUGAAGUUUCGGAUGCCUCUGGCUUCAGUGGAGGAAUUUUGGUCCUCUGGAAUGGUAGCUUGAUGAAGAUGGAGGAUGUGGAUAGACAUAGGCAGUUCCUUAAUCUCAAGUUCCUCCUAGCUAACAAUGACAGAUUUCAACUGACGGCGGUGUAUGCUAGCCCUAACGAGCAUUAGUGGGGGGAAUUAUGGAAUGCAAUGAGAAGAAUGGAGAGAAGUACCCAACUGCCUUGGCUAAUCACAGGGGACUUACUCCAUUUCCAUAUCGUGGGAAAAGCAAGGAGGAGUUGGGUUUAACUUUGCUAGAGCUUUCAACAGUUAUAUUAAAGACUAUGGGCUGAAGUUCACAUGGUUCACUAAAGGUUCAAGGAGAAAAAGGAGGUUGGAUCGAAGUCUCUGUAACUUGGAAAGGCAGCAGCAGUUCCCUCUGUCACUGUAUUAUGAAUGAGGUGUAUCUAGGAAACUAGAAACCUGUUUCCCGCUACCUAGGAGGGCCUGCCCUCACCCAUCUCUUUUUCGUAGACGAUCUUGUUUUGUUUGCUGAAGCCACUCCGCAACAGGCAGACGUUGUGCUUAAUUGUCUUGAGUCCUUCUUUUUGGCCUCUGGAGAAGUUGUGAGCAAAUAAAAUCUAGAGUUUUCUUCUCCAAAAACAUUAAGAAUCAAACCAGAGGUGAUGUGUGUAGUAAGCUAGACAUCCAAGCAACUUGCGACCUGGGUAGAUACUUAGGAGUACCUGUUUUGCAUGGGAGAAUGACUAAACUUACUUACAAAUAUGUGAUUGAUAUAAUGGAUCAGAAGUUAUCUAGUUGGAAAGCCAAAAAUCUCUCAUUGGCUGGGUGAGUGACUCUAGCCCUCUCGGUUCUGAAUGUUUUGCCAAAUUAUGUCAUGCAAACAACCCUCUUACCUAUGUCUAUCUGUGAUACCAUAGACAUAGAGGUGAGGAGUUUUGUCUGGGGUGCAGGGGAUGGGAAACAAAAGCCCCACUUUGUCUCUUGGGAGAAAAUUUGUAAACCAAAGGAACAUGGGGGUCUUGGGCUAAAAUCUACUCAUUGUAUGAGGCUUACAUGGUUAAGCUAGGUUAGCAUAUGCUUAAAAAUGAAUCUGAUAUGUGCGUUCAGGUACUCUAAAGCAAGUACUUCAAGCAUAAAGAUGGCAAAAUCACAACCAUGAAGAAGAGCAACCACUCCAGCUUGUGGCGUGCCAUUGUGAAGGGGAUGAACAAAAUGAAAGAGGCCACAUGCUGGAGCGUUAGAGAUGGGAGAACAACCAUGUUCUGGUCACAACCUUGGAUCGAGUGUGACCUCAGAUUGGAGGAGUUUGCACUUGUGGACACAUCCAAUUAUGAGAGGGACUCAAUGGUUGCGGAAUGGACCACAAAGGAUGACCAGUGGGACUGGAAAAAGCUGGAGGAAGUCCUCCCGACUGAUAUUUUGUCUGUGAUUGCAGGGAUGGAAGCACCCAAACCUGAUCUGGGUGAAGACAUUACCAUCUGGGGGCUGGAAAGGGACAUGAAGUUUAGGCUGAAAUCAGCUUACAAACUUGUGACUAAGGAUGAUGAGCUCUCCCAUAACCAUCCCUAGAAAGAACUCUGGAAAUGAAAAGGUCCAAGUAGAAUCAAACAUUUCUUGUGGUUGGUGCUUCAUGAUCGCCUGUUCACCAACAAGGAACGAUCUAGAGGAGGAACGACAAAUGAUAUGUCUUGCAAUCAUUGUAAAACGACAGAAGAGUCCAUUGACCACAUCCUGAGAAGCUGCCAGAAAGCGAGGACUGUUUGGGGACUCAUGCAAAGCAAGCUUGCUGAGAAAAACUUCACCCCUACCAUUUGAAGAAUGGCUGAUGGCUAAUCUAAAGAAUGAAGGGACAAGAGUGGAGUUUGUCAUUGUCUGUUGGCACCUGCGAAAACAGAGAAAUGAGGAGGUGCUGGAUGGACGAUCUUUCUUGAAGGAUGGAAUGAUUGCCAGAAUUAAUGCUUGGUUCAGCAUCAUCUAGCAAUCUCACUGCAAUACUAAGAAGAUUGCCAACCAGAACCAGGGUGAAUGUACCACCACGCAGGUGGGGUGGAAGCCGCCAAAAGAGGGCUGGGUGCAAGUUCAGACAGAUGGCUUUGUUAGAACGUCAACUGGGAAAGCUGCUGCGGGUGGAUUGAUUUGGGACCAUCUUGGCAGUUGCAAAGAAGUGUUCACCUGCAACCUGGGAUUUUGCUCCAUCACGGCUGCAUAGCUAAAGGGUGCUGCAGAAGGGCUGAAGAUUGCCCGGGGAAAAUAAGGUGAAUAUGUUGCUGGACUCAACUACGGUGAUAGCAUCAUCAAAGGAGAUUCAAACGACAACCAUCACCAUGGAAACAUCACAAAGCAACUGAAGAGUCUGCUGAACCUUGAAUGGGAAGUUACCGUUUCCCAUGUGCUUAGAGAAGCAAAUUGUGCAGCUGAUUUUCUUGCAAGUAAAGGUCAUGACUGUAAUUUUGGAACACAUCUCUUCGAUGUAUGCGACAUUGGCCUUGGCCAAUGGUUUCGCUAUGAUGUAAUGGGUGUAUCCCAAGAACGUUCUAUUAUUAAUACGAGUUAGACGUUAAUACGCCAAUCUUUCUACAAAAAAAAGAUAAGGUUCGAUUUAAUUCAAUUUGGUGUAGCUCAUUAUUAGUUAUCUACUGUUAUCCGUCGCAAAAUGUGAGCCAAUUACCUAUGAUUUGUGCUUUACUUGAUAAACAAGUAUGGAAUCUAAUGUAAAACACAUACACUUUAGCGAUACCCUUACUCAAGGCAAAGUAUCAUCCAAAUUAUCAUAUCCUAACAACAUAAGAGGGGAAUGAUACAAGAUACCUAUGAUAGAUAACUAAGAAUGUGGUUAAGUCUAGCCUCUGAUGCUAAAUUGGAGAUGGCGAGCAGGCAACAAUAUGGUGGGACAAAUGGAGAUUAGACUCACCAACUUUCCAAGUAGAAUCUGUAGUAACAGCUCUCAGGGAUGCAAGCAAAAGGUAUCUCGCGUAAUUGAAACAUGAAUGAGAACAUGGCUAAAGGAACCCAUACAAAAUAACUUCGACCCAGUGAUGUGAAGGAUGAGAAUACUAAGGACCCCACUCCCAAAAAUAUCAACCAUUAUAAGUAGGUUAAGGUCUGGAAAAUAUAGUGUCAAAUACGGG